AUGAUAGAAGAAACCUAGAUGAAAAGAAUUAAUUAACAAGAUUUAAACAAGAAAUUAGAAAGUAUGGAAUAUAAUUAAUAGUUUAGAUGGUUUAAGAGUUAAAAGAGUACUUAAUUAAUGUAUAGAUUAACAGCUAAUGGAGAAGAAUACAGAUUUUAUUGUUAUCCUUUAAUUUUUCAUCACAUAAAAUUGA